UUUACGCUGGAGCUGCUGGUUUUUCUUUUUUAAAUUUUCUAAACAAUUUUGCUGUUAUAAAAUGGUACAACUUCAGCUAAAUCGCUUUUAUCUCGCUCGAGUGAAAGCGAAUCCAAUUGGCACAGUUUUGCCACAAUCUGACCAAGAAACGGGAAACAGUGUGAUGUAAAUUCUACUAUUUCUGAAAGGAAAACCCCUGUCCUAAACAUCCCAUUACAAUCAUCUAACCUGCAUUUUGGUCGGGAACGGUGAGUUAUCUGUAGGUUAGCUAACCUACGAUUAGCGAAUUUUAACCCGGGAUUAGGCGCUGAUCUAGGGUUAAGUUAAUCGGCCUUUCAGAAACCGGCCCCAGGUGAACACAUUGCUGCUUGCACGUGUUCUCAAAUACAUCCAAAGGGGAUUGUGGGAACUUUUGAAGAAGAUUUUCAUCAAGAGAAAUCGAGACGGACUCCCGCAUUAGGUUUGCGUUGAAUCUUGUGCCCGCGAUAAAAAAAACGAUACGCACUUUCUCGAAAAUAGCAUGAGCAAUUUUGUAACAUUUCUAUCACGAAAUCAGCUUCCAAAUCACGAGACCAAAAUAACACACGUCAACUAAAAGAGGACCGAUAGGAUUUAGGACUGGGGACGGCGGAAAAUGGCUUUGUUUUAAUUUGCUAUCGUCAACAACAGCAGAAAACAGUUUGGGAAGCAAAAUGUUUGAUUUCUUUCUUCCCAGAAGAGAAUAUUACGAAUGGCUUUCUGCGAAUCGCAGUCCAAUUUCGUUUUCGAAAAUCAGGAAUGGAGCAGGCCAGAUCCAUGUCUAUCCGGGCACCAACAAAAUAUUGAGGCUUGGUUACAUUUGAACAACGCGAUGUGACCUGGGCCGGGGCCGGCGGAGCUCUUUUGAUUUAGUUUUCCUUUAUGUGUUUGGAAAACGCCGCCGAAAGGGAAACCCGUAUGUAAUACAAGAGAAAGGUGUUCAGAGGUGUUGCACUCUAGGUAUUGGUCGGCGUAUCAAAGGGCUUUCCUAUUCAAAAAGAAGUAAAGAGCGAUUAUUUUAAAGUUAAUAUUUUAAAGGUCUUUAUUCUUUCUUUCGUUUGCAGCAGCUUAGAAAAAUCUCACUCUUUUUGGUGAAGAAAAUCUUGCAAAUUGCAACGAUGGCAAAAGCAAAUUGGAUAAAAACACAUUGACAAUUUUGUUUGUUUGUUUAUAUAACACACUGACAAAUUUGUUUGUUUGUUUAUAUGAUGUUAAAAUUUUUCUAUGAUAAGGUAUUCUUUUUCCUAUGCUAUGGUAGAGUCUUUAUUUGAAAGAUUUUGAAACAUUAACAAACUUUUAUGAUUAUUUCCGUUUUAUUUUAUGUGUUAAAUGAUAUUUCCUUGGGACUUGCCAAAACUAAGUAGAGGAUUGCUUUGUUUGUUUUUUCAUGAGUUGAAUUUUCCUUUCUUCUAACGAACUUUUAAAGAGAAAGAUCAAACAAUCGUAACAAUUCUUCUGUGCCGGCAUGACCAGAAAUGAUUGUUUCGCAAUUGUUCGGGGUUUGUUUCAUUUGCCGUUUAAUUACACACAUUCCAACGAAAAUCGCUUCUGAAUUCGCCGAAAUGAGUUUUAUCUUUUUCAAUAAGGACUUCGCAAAAGAGUCAUUCAUAAGCUUGCAAACCUCUCGCGGGCUUAAAACAUAACACUCUUUGGAGGUUGAGUGAAUAAACAAUAAACAACCUGGUGAUGUUAAAUAACUAUAAAUGGCUGUAAAGCCCGCCGACUAGCUGGUACCAUAUUGGUACCAUGUUACAAAUUUGACCAGGUCUUUGCGGUAACAGCAACUCUCACACGCUUUUUAUUACGAAGAGAAAACCGCUUAUUAUCCUGCCGUUGGGACCAGCUAACAUCUACUUCGUGCCGCUAUAUAACAACACAAGUGUUGCUUUAGAUUUACUAGACCUGUGCUUAACACUGGCGAGCCUUUCAGGGUUAUAGUAACCCAAGAGAAGGAUAACUUUGCUCUGCUGUAGGAUAUUGGUACUACGAAUUUUCUAAUUCUUUUUUUUUUUUUUUGCUUCGAUUUAGAAAAGACGGGAAAGAGAAAAAGAACAAAAAAGGCAUAAGUCAGUCCAAAAAGAUUCAAAACCUUUUUUUUUCUGAUACACUUUGUGGUUGAACAAUUUCCUUGUAAAUUGAAUCCCUUCAUAAAAUUUCGGUGCAAAUAACGUACGAUAUUUGCUCUAACUCUUUUAAUGAGUCUAUGUAAAAUGCUAAUUUAGAACUUGCCUUGUUGAACUUGGUUUACCAUUAGACAGAGUAGGAGUCCCGUCUAACUCAAUGUGAUCAUAUCAAGCCAGGUUCAACUAAACUAAAAGGCGGUUACAUCUCGCUAACUUACAAUAUCCGACAUGUUGAAGUUCGCAGUUAAUGGUUACUCGCCCCCAUUCUUUAACGCACCGGAAUUCGUACCCAGUCCUCCGGGCACUGCAAUUUACAAAGAGAGAGGUUGGGACGAAUUGUACGGUCUGUUACGAGGCUCGCAUGUGUCGCUCUGCUGUGAUUACUAUGGUGACGCCGGGUUCUGGUAUCCCGGAUGUGACAAGAGCUUGGCCGCUUUAGAGGAAAACUUGGGCCGGAGCCUUCUUAUCGGAGAGUCGCCCAUCUUCGGCAAUUACACUGACGAGAAUAACAAAGAAAAUUCAGAAAAAUAUGAGCUAUUACAAGAUUUACUGGAACUCCUGAGUGAAGCUCAAGGGAAAAGGAUGGAAGACCAGCGAGAAGAAAAAGACAAUUUCGAGUUACCGGACUUCCUGCGACAGAAGCCAAAGAACAAGACAUACUACGAGACAGAGGACGAUUCCGAGCCACUACCCUCUCCUCCUCCAGUAUUUAGAAUGGAGAGUCUGUUAUUCAACCGACCAGCUCCCAGACCACCCCUAGAUACCCCUCCCCCUUUACCACCCCCACCGUCCCUUGAAGAAAAUCAACAUGCAAAGACUGCUGGAAAUAUCAAACUCGAGGCAACUCCUCGCGAAGCUCCUUCAGAAGGAAAAGUGGGGUCGCCCAGUUAUCCUUUAUCUCCCCGUAAUAAUCAAAAGAGUUCGUCUCCUUCACCGGAGAGGCAAAGGGCUGUAUUUUCCGCACCCCAGCCACCUGUUGCCCCACCCCCUCCCCCCAUAGGGAAUUGCAGCAGGAUUCAAAUCCGUUCUGUUACAAGGCCUGUGUUACCGAGACGCUCAUCUUCGACACAUAUUCCGCCUUCCGGGCAACUGGACUUAAUAAGUGAACUCAAAGGCACAUUGUCGAGACGAAAACUAAGUAACGGGAAUAAAGAAACGGAAGCCAAAGAAACCGGUAAUCGCGAAAUGCAAGUGGAAAACUCUUGGAACGCAAUAAAUGAUGUAGAUGGACCUGAUGUUUGGGUUAAACAAAGUGAUCAGAAAAAGCGUAUAGAGAGAACGAAACCAAAGGCCGAGGAGUUGCAUAAGGAAGUGGAGCUCAAAGGUGUUUCGAGUGAUAAUAUUGAAAAGAAUCAGGAACGGAAUGUGGAAACCACAGUGAUGGAAUUGGGUUUGAGAACCGUAAAAAGUGUUCAGGGAUCAAAUGAGAAAGACUCAUCAAAGUCCCCGAAGAACAGAGAGGAGUUAGAGAGAAAUUUACGUGUUACGAAACGGAAUCAGGAACGGAAUGUGGAUCAUAGAAAACAUGAACGCCCAGUGUUAAGACGAGUAGGAGAUUGCAAGAGGAUAAAUGUUGUUCGUCCACGAGUUCAGAGCGGUACCCCUGUGGUACGGAAUAGUAGUGAAAGUACAAUCAACAGCGAAGUGGAGUCGAAAGGGAACACUGGGUCUGAUACUAUCAGAACGGAAAGGCCACAGUCUUUGGUUAGCCCUAGGGAUAUUAUCGCAUCCACAGAAAACAUCCGACAAAUAUCGGAAGUCGGCGGAAUGGGACGUACCGUUGCCCCAGUCAGGGCAAAUGCAAUUAUCAAAUACACCACAGGUCACCCGCACAGAGUGGUCCGUGCACCGAAUACGCAUCAAGAUAUUGCUGGCGAAUGUCCUGUUCAUCGCUCGGUCAAUACCGCCAACACAAGAACCAAACUUGCAAUGAAAACGAAAACAAAUCCUUCGCGAACAGGUUAUUCACAGAAACGGCGUCCAAGAACAAUUACCGAUCCAACCUACAUUCUAAGAGUAAUUGAAAGCAGUGAUUCCACUCUUCCGGAAUCCCGUGUUGAUUCCCCGAUUUCUAAUGAGCUUUGCGACCAGAGAAUGGCGACCUUGAGUACAAAUACUUGUACGUCGCCGUCACAGAAUCUAGUGACAGUUAAAUCUAGCUCUCUGCCACAGCGCCUAUCGCCUGUGAAUAUACGACAAUAUUCACCGAAUUUUGGAAGGCGAAACAGCGACCACGUGCCUUCUCAAGUCGAUUCUUCUCGGAAAUCCGUCGUCUCGUUUUCUCCAGAUUCGGCUAAUGGUAGUGAUGGCUCCAUAAAUCCCGACUCCCCAACCAGCAGUCGCCGGCAGUCGGACAUGCGCACUAAACACAGUAGCACAGGAAGCCCAUUGCCGCGAACUCCGUCACCUCCGACCGACGAAGACGAGGAAUUGGACAUGGCAAAUUACCCCCCUCCCCUCCCCCUCGAGGUAAUCCCCUUAGAAGACGAACUGUUACUGCCACAUACUUCUUUGUCGCCAAACGGUGGGAUUGACAAGAAACCGCCUGCGUAUGAAAUAAAGUACAUUGGUGAGGUGUCGCUGUAUCAAGAAUCGCCAUUCGCACCACAGGGAACCCAAUCGUUUGAGGACCAGACAAAGCCUGCUACCAAGUUGAUAGAUAGCGCGCCUAAAAAUUCUCAAAAAGGACCUGAUAACGUUCCUCAGUUAGAUCCUUAUGUUACUUACGAGAGUGAAAAUCUGAAGGUGACUUUUGUGUAAGAGUUCUUGGUCCCCUUCAAUGGGAGAAUGUGGUGUAGGAAUAAAUGAAUUAAAAUAUAUUUGAAUUUCAACUGCCUUGACAUCUCAGCAUACAGCCGCGUUGUCACCAUCCAAAGUGCCGACGGAAACCUCAACCGACAAGAGAAAAAAGAAUCUAUUAGAAUUAGCGCUUUUAGCAGGCCAUCCGUUCUAAAUUAUCAAUCACACCCUCAAAGAAACUUCAAAUGGACACACUGCUUUCACAUUGUAGUUGUAGUAUAUUUUUCGCGUUUUUCGUUAAGAAUCAUCAAAGAUUGUUACGUUAUUGUAGUUGUAGUAUAUUUUUUGGAUUUUUCGUUAAGAAUCAUCGAAGAUUGUUACGUGUGGGACUGACAAGAAGCCGCCUGCGUAUGAAAUAAAGUACAUUGGUGAGGUGUCGCUGUCUCAAGAAUCGCCAUUCGCAUCACAGGGAACCCAAAGACAAUGCGGUUUAAAUGUUUACACCAUUAAAAAGAGUGAUUUGUCAAAUCAAGGAUGCCAGAACCAUAUAUUGAUUACCAUAAAUUGGAUCAUCGUACUAUUUAUUUCCGAAAUAAAUGAGUCAUUUGGUUA